UCUUGUACUUCCCACAAGAGUUAUAUAUUAGGACGAUGUGUCUUUGGCUCCGACACUGUUUCAGACUCAACGUCUUGUAGUGGCCUGACAGGAACCGCCUGAACCAUGACUCCCUUUCUUCUGCUAUUCGUUGCCUUGGCAACAGCCUCUCCCAUGAAGAGACAGACGACCAGCGGCCUGGAUGCCAACGGUGACGGUCUGAUCUCCAAGGAUGAAGUUACCAAUGCCAUGUCCCUGCACGAGGCUCUUACGGCUCUCGACAGAGAUGGCGACGGCUUCAUCUACCUUCCUCAGAUCAUCGAGCUGUGGGGAACCGGAGACAAGUUUUACGAACUGAACACCGACGGAGACGACCACCUCACCUUCAGGGAGAUCGAGAACGGAAUGACUCUCAGUGACUUCUACGACCAGUUCGAUUUCAACGGUGACGGAACUCUGGACGCAGCAGAGGCUUAUCAGCUGCACUUUAUCUACGAUGUCCUGAACGACCCUUCCAUCGACAACCCUCUGGACUCUAACGGAGACGGCAGGCUCUCCAGGCUGGAAGUGGUCAGCCACAUGACUUAUGACGAGGUUCUGGCCGCCCUGGACGCUGACGGUGACCAAGCGCUGAGUUCGACUGAGGCGAACGUGCUGUUUGGUUCCGCGACCGCUCAGUGGAUGGACGACCAAGACAACAACGACGACGGGUCUGUCAGCUUCCAGGAGGCUCACACCCACUUCAUGAGUCUGUGGAGGAUCUUUGACAGACUCGACCUGAACGACAACAACUACCUGGAUAAUGGAGAGGGGGCCGGGUUCUACGAGGUUUGGCGUAUUCACCUGGUCAACACCGGAGGACGUCAUCAUGAUGGUCCUCAUUCUCCUUCAGGAUAAGGUUUGCACAACCUC